GCUGAGGUGGGCAGGAACAAUGCACAUUUACUUGAGUACUGUACUUAAGUACACUUUUUGAGUAUCUGUACUUUACUUGAGUAUUAUUUUUUUUUGGAAACUUCUGACUUUAACUUCACUACAUUUGAAAGGCAAAUAUUGUACUUUUUACUCUACUACAUUUCUAUCAAGGUGACACUGAGACAGCCGAUCAGUUGGGUCACAUCACGUCCGUAGACUAUAAAAUCAAGAUCAACGAUUUCUCAGCAGCAUUAUUUGAACACAAUCAGUUGGCGGCAGAAUGAAAAGAGGCAGUUUUUCUCGAGAAUGCAUGCACUCAUGGCCCAUGAACCCAUGUUUCAGUUUUCUGAAAGGAUUAAAGAUUUGUUUUGUUUUAAAUGUUUGCUUUGUUUGCUGAAAAUGAACCACAUCACGGCCUACAAAAUCUCGCCAUCCAACCUGCGGGAGCAUAUUGAGCUAUGUAAACAAUUUAUUCCAAGAGAAAGCUUGCAGUGAAGUUGUUUGUACUUUUAGAGCUAUGGAUAAUGUUGCAAUAGCUACGUAUGUAGUCUGGUUAGUCAAAUGACUUUUUAUGGAUUUGCCCACCAAGUUGCCAUUGCCUUGUCCACGGCUAAUGUUCACACAUAGCUAGUUAACUUGGACACUGUUAGUUAGCAUGUAAAAAUGGAGUUACGCUAACAUGAAUAAUGUUAACAUAUCUGAAGUCCUUUCAGAAAUAUGUUUUAGCAUAAUCUUGCUAAAUGAACAAUGUAGAAAUCUUUCUUUUCUAGUAGCAUUAGCUACGCAAUAUGAUUUUGAGUUUGAAAAGUUUGAUAGCAUGUCAGAUGGAGUUUCACUGACUAGUAGUGUUGCCACCUGUCCCGGUUUUUCCUGAUUGUCCCGGAUUUUCAUGGUCUGUCCCGGAAAAAAAAAUAAAAAUCCGGGACACUGAAUGUCCCGAUUUUUUGUAGAUGAUGGGCAAAAUGUGUAUUUCAACUUGCGAGCCAGCUGAGAACCAGUUUGCUUUUCCAUAGCUCGCCCGUGCUAAGCGCCACUAAGCGGAGCCACGUCAUCACGUCGCUGAAUACGUCAGUUACGGCGCUACGUUUACAUAAACCUUGGCGCGAAUAUCAAAGCAAAAACACGGAAGAAGCAGCAGUAACAAUAAUAAUAAUAAUAAUGGAUGACUUCGCGUUUGUACAGCUGCUGCUUCUCGGCGCUUAAAAAUGGCGAUCUUUCAUGGUCUUGUUAUUGUUGUUGGUCUUAACAACUCCGCCCCCCCGCUGACGUAAGCGGUUCUUUCCUCUGGCCCAGCAGAGAGUUGGUGCUAGCCUGGAACCGGCUUGGACUGAUAAAAGAAACAGACUCUCUGUUGCAAUGGUGAAGGCUGAGCUUCAAGUCAGGCUAAACUUUCAGUUGUCCUGUACUGAGUUCAAGACAUUCAUUGAAAAUCAGCCAGGACUCAUAGCAGCAGCAAAGAAAAACACCAAAUAUAAAUGGAAGAUUAGGUAAGGUUUUGGUGAAUUAAAUGAAAUAGUGUAGUGUAGUAACAUACUCCUGUAUGUACUGUAUGUGCCCAGUUAUAUCAGUUACAUGUCCUCCUAUGUAUUUGUUUAGCCAAGAGCAGCAGAGGCACAGGCAAGCACAAGCAAAGCACACACCACACUCUAAGCAAUCAGGUGUCACUUAUUGGAGGCUGCAGACAUGGGGGUUAAAUUGUUCCUGCUCUGUAUUGGCAUUCUAUAUGCAACUGUCGUCAGUGGUUGCCCAAUAGGCCAGGAGUUCAUCACUGCCUUCAUGCCUAAUCAUAUCAGUAAUCGUGGCAAAGCCCAACUCAGGCUCUCCAUCACAGCCCAGGAGUCCUUAGCUACUGUUACAGUCAAAAUCAAGGAGCUCAAUUAUAAAAAAUCACUAACUAUAAAGAAAGGUUCUACCAAAUACGUCACCCUCCCAGACGAGGCUGAGAUUUAUGAAGAUGGAGUCUCAGCCAAAACAGUGCUGAUUUCCUCUAAUACAGACAUCUCCGUGGUGUCCUCUCACAUCAAAAAAUUUAGUGGAGACAGCAGUGUGAUCUUCCCCAGUCACCAACUUGGCAAGAGUUAUGUUGCUUUCACUCCAGAAGAAGGUUCCUUUGAUACAAUCGUGGCUAUCAUCAAUGGCAAGGAAGACAACACAAUUAAUAUUCUAGCAUAUUCAGACCUCCAGCUUAAAAGCAAGGUACACUUGAAGCGAGGAGUAAAGAUGCCUAUUCGAUUAGCUCCUUAUCAAGUUUAUCUGCUUCGGAGUGGGAAGACCUUAACAGGAACUAGGAUCGAGUCUCAGUUCCCUGUUGCUGUCCUGGCAGGACACGAGUGCCUCAAGCUCUUCAAGACCUGUGAGCAUGUCUAUGAACAGCUGGUGCCAAUAGACUCGCUCUCUGAUGAGUACCUAGUCCCUGUCAUGCACCCCUUGCAUGCCUGCAAGGACACAGUACAUGUUGUUGCAACUGAGGAUAAGACUGACGUGACGGUUUCUCAUGGUCUAUCACUCCAGCACAAGUCACUUUCUUCUGGAGAGCUUCUGAAUGUUUUGAUUAAAUUGCCAACAGUAAUCCAAAGCAAUAAAAAGAUCAUGGUUAUGUAUUCCAGUUCCAACGUCCCCUAUGAUGAGUUCUUGACUAACAUAAUUCCUGUAUCACAGAUGUCCAAAUCAUGGACUGUUUAUCCACUACAUAAAUACAAGAAUUUUGCUGUUGUUGUCUCAGAGUUGGGUACCAGUACAUCUGCUUUUGGUUUCUUGAAGUGGAAUGUUUUUCCUGGAAACAAAAAGUAUACAUGGGCUAUUAAAUCACUUGGUAAAAAAAAGGGCCCUAUAACCAUAUCCAGUGACUCACCACAAGCUGUCUAUGUUUAUGGUGGGAAUGGAAGACUUGGCUAUGGCACAACAGGAGUGUGCAAUGCGCCACCUCCACCACCACCUCCAAGAGAUCCCUGCGAAUCUGUUAAAUGCCGCUGGAGACAGGAGUGCAAGAAGGGUGUCUGUGUCCAUGUUGACACAGCAACAUGUUGGGCUGUCGGGGAUCCUCACUACAAAACUUUUGAUGGGAAGCGAUAUGAUUUCCAGGGCACGUGCACCUACACCAUGGCUACUACUGUAAAAACUGAGAAAGGCCGUGUCCCCUUCACAGUUUUGGCAAAGAAUAAUCGCAGAGGGAAUAAUUUGGUGUCCUAUGUGAGGACAGUAUCACUAAAUGUGUACAAUCAUACAAUAGUUGCUGGUAAGAAAAGGGCUCUAGUUGAGGUGGAUGGUGAACUCACUUACUUGCCUGUACGUCUUGCUGAAGGAAAGAUAGAAGUGGUUCAAAGUGGUUGUAAUGUCCUCAUAACAACAGACUUUGGCUUAGAGGUGAAAUAUGACUGGAACAUGAUGCUAUACAUAACAGUGCCCAGCACCUACUUUGGGUUACUUGGUGGACUUUGUGGAAACUACAAUGGAGACUGGACAGAUGAGCAGUUAGACCCCAAGGGAAUGAAACUCUCCACUAUACUGACAUUUGCCAAGAGCUGGAAAGUUUCAGACAAUGACUUGUUCUGCCGUGAUGACUGUGAGGGCAAGUGCCUCCUCUGCCGACCUCAGCUUAAAGCAAAAUAUAAUGCAGACAAUUACUGUGGUCUUAUGGCAAAAACAAAUGGGCCAUUUGCCAACUGCCACAAGACUGUUGACCCACGUGCAUACCUAGACAAUUGUGUGUAUGACAUAUGCAUCAAUAGAGGCAUUAGAAGUUUCCUCUGUGAAAACAUGCGGACCUAUGCUGAGGCUUGCAUGGCAGCUGGAGUGAAGAUCGAUCCCAACUGGAGGAGUCUGUCUGACUGCCCAUUGCAAUGCCCAGCAAACAGCCACUAUGAGCCUUGUGGAACCGCAUGUGCUGCCUCCUGCGCAGAUCGAGAUGCACCAAGCAAAUGUGAAAAGCCUUGUGUGGAAGGCUGCCAGUGCAAUGAUGGUUUUGUCCUCAGUGGAGGCCAAUGUGUGGCCCUGGCGCAAUGUGGCUGUACCUAUGAAAACCGUUAUUAUCUUCCUGGUGAGACAUUCUGGGGUGACCAGACCUGCAAUAAGAAAUGCUCCUGCAAAUCAGGACAGGUCAACUGUACACCCACAAAAUGCAAGGCAUCUGAAGAGUGUAAAAUCCAGAACGGUGUGAAAGGUUGCUAUCCACUAUCUUACGGGCGUUGUGUGGGCAGUGGAGAUCCACACUAUUUAACCUUUGAUGGGAGGCACUUUGAUUUCCAGGGUACUUGCACAUAUUACCUUUCGAAACUGGUCAACACAUCUGACAUGUCACUGGUGCCCUUUGAAGUUCUUGUCAAGAAUGAAAACAGAGGACUGAAUAAGGUUGUUUCCUUCACCAAGACUGUGGAGAUCAAAACUUUUGGCUACACCAUUAUCAUGAGUAAAGACUAUUGUGGUAAAGUGAUGGUCAACAACCUGUUUGUAAAUUUGCCAUUUGAGACAGAGGGUGGUCAGCUUUCCAUAUUCCACAGUGGUUACUUUGGAGUUGUUAAAACAGAUUUUGGCAUGAAAGUGAAAUUUAACUGGCAUAGUUACGUUGAACUCACUCUCCCCAGCACAUACAAUAACCUGGUAGGAGGUCUCUGUGGCAAUUGGAACGGGAACUUAAAUGACGACCUGACCUUCCCAAACAAAAGCAUUACCAAAAACCCUACUGCGUUUGGAAACAGCUGGAAAGCCAGAACGGACUCUGAUUGCUUGGCAGAGUGCAAGGGCCAAAAGUGUCCCAAAUGUGAUGCUGCUGACAGGAAUAAGGAUGUUUUUACAAAACCUUGUAGCCUGAUUACAGACACAAAUGGCCCAUUUAAAGCAUGCCAUAGCCAAAUCAAUCCCACCAAGUUCUAUGAAGACUGUGUGUAUGAUAUGUGUAUGUAUGGUGGUCAUUCUACAGCCCUGUGCAGUGCACUUACAGCCUAUAUGUCUGCAUGCCAGACAGCAAACGUCAUAGUGGAGAAAUGGAGAACUGAUAGUUUCUGUCCUGCAUCCUGCAAAGCGAACAGCCGCUAUGAUGUGUGUGGUGCUGGAUGUCCCCAGACCUGCAACGGCUUCACUGAGCCCACGGCUUGCCAGCGUGAACCCUGCAUUGAAGGCUGUGUGUGUGAUGAUGGAUUUGUCCUGAGCAACAGUGAGUGUGUGCCAAUGGAGCGAUGCGGAUGUGCAUAUGAAGGCCAGUACUAUAAUCUGGGCCAAGUCUUUUACCCCAAAGGCAAGUGCAGUGAGAGGUGUGUCUGUGAGGAGCAAGGAAAUAUCACAUGCAAAAAUGAUUUCUCCUGUGGUCCCAAUGAGCAAUGUGAAAUCCGUGAUGGGGUUCAAGCCUGCUAUCCUGAUGGCAAAGGAUCUUGCUCAGUCUUUGGAUCUGGGACCUACUACUCAUUUGAUGGGAACCAUAUCAGGGUGCCAGGAGACUGUGUGUACAGACUGGUGGAAACAGUCCAGACUGAAGAUCAGAAGUUGAUGCCUUUCAAUGUGACAGUGCAGGAACUAUCAUCUGACAUAGUGGUCACAAGAAGACUCAACAUAGACAUAGACAAUUAUAUGAUUGGCCUGAUUCCUGGACAUCCGUGGGAAAUAAGGGUGGAUGAAGUGAAAGCUUUUCUCCCUGUAACACUUGAAGAAGGACUGGUGAAGGUCUAUCAGAGUGGUGCAUUCAUCGUCUUGGAAGCCUCUUUUGGACUGAAGGUGACCUACGACUCCGUGUCAGUGGCCACAGUUGAAAUCCCUUCCACUUACAAAAACGCUGUUCAAGGUCUGUGUGGUAAUUAUAAUGAUAAGUCAGAUGACUUACUAAUGCCAGAUGGUAAGCAGGCUUCCUCCGCUGAGAAAUUUCUGGAAGCUUGGCUGGUGAUUCAGGAAGGAGUGAUCUGUCACACAGGGUGUCCACCAGGCUCCACAUGCUCAGAGACCGAAACAGAUGGAGACAAUGACUGCAAGAUCCUCACUUUGAAGCAAGGCCCAUUCUCUCACUGUUACUCCAAAGUUCCACCUUCACCAUUCUAUGAUAUGUGUGCAAAGGAUGUCACAUCACAUCCAGAGGACAAGACGCUUGCUUGCCGCUAUAUUCAAAACUAUGUGGUUCAUUGUCAGCAAGCUGGUAUCUCCAUCAGCAGCUGGAGAAAUGCAACCUUCUGUUCAAUGACCUGUCCUGAAAAAAGUCACUACGAGCUAUGUGCGGACACUUGCGCAUCAACUUGUGCCAGCCUUACCAUGGCACCUAGUUGUUCAGAGUGUCUUGAAGGCUGCCAGUGUGAUGAAGGCUAUAUCUUUGAUGGAGGAGACUGUAAGCUUGUAGAAGAUUGUGGUUGCUUGGCGGAAGGAAUAUAUUACAAGUCCGGGGAAUCAGUAGUCCGAAGAGACUGUAUAGAGACAUGCACCUGUAAAGCUGGACAAUUCUCUUGUCAGCCUAUGAACUGUCAGGAAGAUGAGAUCUGUCGCAAACAGGAUGGCAUUCCAGCAUGUAUACGUGAUCUCUGCAGCAAGAAAAAAUGUCGUGAGAAAGAACAAUGUGUGGAGAGGAACAAUACAGCAGUGUGUGUGCCCACCUCUAAGGCCUCAUGCCAAGUUAUCGGAGACCCUAACUAUGAAACCUUUGAUGGAAGCAGGGUUACUUUUCAGGGUAUUUGCUCUUACGUUAUGGUUAAGACAUCAGGUGCAGACAAAAGCCUGCCGGAGUUCAGCAUCAUUAACAAGAACAAACUCGGCCAGACUAAACUUGGCUCUUACUUAAACACAGUCACCGUGAAGAUCCAGGGCCAUGAAAUCAUCAUUUUUCAACAUGACCGCAACAAUGUGACAAUUGAUGGUAAAGAAUCCAUGUUGCCUGUGAGUCUGGACUCUGAUCGUAUCAGGAUAACUCAGUCAGGAAUACGGGGAAUCCUGGAGACAGACUUUGGUUUGGAGGUCACUUUUGACUGGGGUGCGUUCUUCAAGGUGACCGUAUCCAGUAGCUACUAUAAAAACCUAGUGGGCAUGUGUGGAACCUACAAUGAUAACCGCGAUGAUGACUUUGUCACACCGAAAGGCAUUGUUGCCACAAAUAACACAGAAUGGGGGCAGUCAUGGAGCAUUCCCAACAACGACCCAAAUUGCUGGCACUUCCCCUCAUGCUCUGAAGAGGACAAACGCCAGUAUAGUGGCCCAAAGUUCUGUGGCUUGCUAGAAGACAAAACUGGGCCUUUUGCUAGCUGUAACAAUACAGUUAAAACAGGCCAGUUAAAAUACAGGUGUCUCUUUUAUACAUGUCUCACUCACGGAAAGCAUGAUGACUACUGUAAAGCCAUGACCUCUUAUGCAAACAUUUGCAGGUGGGCAAAAACGACUGUGUCACCGCAGUGGAGGAAGAUUACUAACUGCAUUUAAUCAGACAGUCACUGGAGUGUUCCUGUGUGAUAAGUGGUGUGUUGCUCAUGAAUAUUCCUGAUGUGCAGAGCUGGGCAAAUAAUCAAGAGGAGGAAAUUGGGGACUUAUGAUCUUCACCUGUGAUUUAAAAAAAAGUAAUCAAUGGCAUGCGGAGAAACGUCUGGAUAAUUGUUUUAGCUAAUGUGAUCAA